AUAUACCUUCAUGCCAUGCUCCAGUAUCCAUUAUCCCCCUAUGGGUACCACAUUUCAAAGCAUCUUCUUCCCCUUCAAAAAUGGGUGGUGGUCGUGGCCUGCAUGCUGCUGGGCGUGGCGUUGUGCGCACCGGCAGGGGUGUCAGAGGCGACUGAUGCAGCGCAAGACAUCAAGGUAUCUGAUAACCUCGACGACCUGGACGUGAACGAUGUUACCGCUGUGAUAGAGGAGAUUUUCCCCAUCAUCCGGAAGAGCAUCUCUCUCUUCUCCGGGGCCGCGGGCUCCAGCAGGACUCUCUUCCCGGUUGGCACCACAUCAGUCGAGGGCGGCGGCGUCGACAGCCCCUUUGUGCCUAACUACGUCAUCCCAGGCUACACCAUCCCCGGGAACCGCUUCACCCCAGACAUCAAUAUUCCAAGCAUCAGAAUUCAGAAGUGAAAGAAAUCGUGAUAUAUCAACUUAUUCAGAAGGAAAUGAUAUGUCAACCAGAUGAUGUGUACAAAACUACUAUUUCAAAAUCUUCAUUUCAUAGUAAAGUUUAUAUAUAAAUAGUUUUCCCGUAUAUCAAUGGACUUAUCUGUGCAUUGCCUGUUUUUAUUAAUAAAUGACAUAGUUCCCUUAUUUCUGUAAGUUACUAUAUUUCAUUUAUUAUUCAAAUGGUUAUCACAAUUAAAGUAUGUUCUAA